AUGGAGAGUUGUAAGAUAGGCUUGGAAAGUGUUGACACAAUCCUCGGAAGGACUGUGGGGAAGCAAAUCGAGGGUAGUAAACAAGCACAAGAGAGAAAGAAACACAAUAAUCGCAAUGAUGGGGUCAAGCAACAGAAGCGAGUGAUUGGGAUUCUGCCGCGGCGAGCAAUCUUACCGCCUGCAAAAAACUCCCAAUCACGUGGGACUGACGUCGCCGAAGACGGAUAUGAAGAGUAUUGGAGAAAGAUUUAUUGA